GUCGACGCGUCUCUCGCGAGAGCGCUUCCGACGGAAAGUUGGCUCCCGUUGCCCGGAUGCAGGCCGCGGCGCAUGCGCAGGCGGGGAGCUGAGGAGGAAAGGCGGGAGAGGAAGAGAGAGCGAGAGAGAGAGAACUUUCUGAAAACCAGCAAAACACCAAAAAGAAAAUGGAGAUUUCUAUUUUCACCGUUGAUGCGUUUACAGAACAGCCAUUUCACGGCAACCCUGCAGCCGUUUGUCUUCUUGAAGAUAAACUGGAAGAAAACCAGCACCAAAAAAUUGCAAAUGAAAUGAACCUUUCAGAAACAGCAUUCAUCAGAAAAUUGAACCCCACGGAUGACUUUACCAAAAGCUCCCGUUUUGGACUGAGGUGGUUUACCCCAACUAGUGAGGUCCCCCUCUGUGGUCAUGCCACCCUUGCAUCGGCUGCUGUCCUAUUUCAUGCCAAAAAAAAUGUGAAUUCCACCCUCACAUUUAUAACUCUGAGUGGAGAAUUGAUUGCCAGACAAGCAGAAGACCAUAUUAUCCUGGAUUUGCCCCUUUAUUUCACCCAUCCACAGGAUGUUAAGGAAGUGGAAGAGUUGGUUAAGGCAGCUGUAGGCGAUAAGAGUGUUCAGGAUGUUCGCUAUUCUCCUGACACAAAAAAGCUCCUUAUUCGUCUCAGUGAUGCUUAUGAGAGGGCUGAUCUGGAGAAACUGAAAGUGAAUGCUGAAAACCUUCUGUUGGCUGAGAAGACUGGGAGAAUAAAAGGAGUAAUCAUCACACUGAAGGGAGAUGGCCGUGGGAAACAGGAAAGCUAUGACUUUUACUCCCGCUACUUUGCACCUUGGUAUGGUGUUUCAGAAGAUCCAGUUACAGGAGCUGCUCAUACGGUUUUAAGUAGUUACUGGUCACAACAACUAGGGAAGAAGAAAAUGUGUGCAUUUCAGUGUUCUGCUCGCGGAGGAAGGCUGAAGAUUUCGCUCCGGCAGGAUGGAAGAGUAGACCUUGGUGGCCAAUCAAGCAUUGUGUUAAAAGGCUUUCUGAGCAUUUGAAGAAAACCAGAAACACUUUCCAGCCAUCAGCUAGUUCAGAUUGCUGCUGAUGCAGAUGCAUAUCUUAAUUGGCAGAACAUGACUACUUAAUUUCAAAGGCAUACAAUUCCUAAUUUAGAAGCAUUUGUUGUACUGCAAUUAAGGAGAUAGUUAACCAUCAAUUUAAAAUAAAUAUCAUAGUAAAUAUUGAUGUUAAAGUUUAUGCUUAGAUAAAUGAACAUUUUAAUAUAAUUAUUAAAAUUAUACAAAUGUGAUUUUAUGUAUUAAUAGUGAAAAUACAGGAAUCCUGUUGGAGCCUUAUGCCUAAGUGUACUUAAUGCCUACAGAAGUUAUCCAGUAGAGGGCUGCUCUUGGGCCACUCUGUUGCAGAGCCAGCAAAGUGCCUGGUGCUCUUGGGUUCAUGCAGUGCACUUUAGUGUCCAGUGUGUUUCAUGCCACAAUGUCCCUGGCAUCCUUGACAAUGUCUUAUUACGCCUCUUCAUGGGUUUUUAGCGCCCCUCCUAUAUAGCUAGUUGUAAGUAAAGUCAUAUAGCAUUCCAUCAAAUUUUUCUGUUUACUUACAAUGAAUAUGAGUAUUUUUAAAUGAGGAAUUUUAUAUUAAAUUUAAAUAUACAAUAAAAUGUAUCAAAUAGUUAUGUGUCUGCCUUUAAAAAAAUUAAAAUGUUCAGUUAGCCCUACCCCACAGAUCACGUCCUUUGGCCAUUCCAUCCUUGAACACUUUCUUAACCUGAAAAGCACUGUGAUUUUUAAAAUAAUUAGGUACUAGUGGUUCUGUGUGGUCUUCUAGUAAAGUGCAAAGGGAUGCUGAUUUUUGAAUCUGGCUGUGCUGGAGAACAGACUGCAACCAGAGGAUCCAUUUCAAGAUGAAGAUCUGAACCAAGGUUUACCCAUUUGGGGCUGGCUAAUCACUCUGGAACCAUCCUGUACUUUAUACGCCCUGCUCCUAAACAGAGGUCCAGUCAUCAACCACCACUGCAUGCAGGUCAGACUCUUUGAAUAAUAGGUACUAGUCAUAAACAGAUGGGAGGCAACAGCAAGAUAUUGAAGGAAAGAACUGGGCACCACAUGGUCUGUCCCAGGACCUCCAAACUAUCCUACAGCCAUCAGGUGGAGUGUGAUAAGCCAUUACCAUUAUGGGGAAAAGGUUAUGUUGUCAGCCCCAUCAGCCUUUUUAUACAGAACAAAAAAAGUACCACCUCAUUAUUUCCCUCUUUCGCCACCUCAAUUUGAAGAGCAGAAGAAAUAGGCAAUUGGCUUCCCUUGUUGCUUAGCCUGGUGGAAUUAUCAACUUAAUCGAUCGUAUCUGCCCAUCUCAUGAAAACCCUGCAAUUGGCAUUAUUACUGGCAUGUGGACUCUGGUCGGAGGAAAGUAUCAUGCCUACUAUGAAGUUAAUGUUUACUCUGCAAACAAUAAGAAAACAAAUGUAACUUCUGAAGGACUGUAAAUGUAUCAAUAGGUCAAUCAUUCACCCAAUGUGAAUCCUAAGUUCAGUUGCCAUCAGAUGGCUGUUAUCGAUGUUCUUAUUGCACUUAAAGUGGCAUAAUACUGACACACAAUGUUAAAUGCUGUAUUUAAUUUAACCAAGCCAUGCGGAAUCUUUAAAAUUAUUUUAUUUUUAACAAAGCACAAAGUUACAACUUUUGUAUUGAAAAUUACAAAAAAAAACACCUUCAUGUUGAAACAUUAUUACAAAAGCUACAUCAGUAUAUUUUAUGUCUUGGCACAAAUGUACCACAAAAAUUGCAAGCCUGUUUAGAAAUAAUACAGUUUAGCUGCAGUAAUGGAUUAUGAACCUUUGAUGGGAAAGAGAUGAAUGUUUCUCAGAUUCUAAUAGUUACAGGUAGACCAAAUGUAACAGACCAAAAUUCCAAUCAGAUUUUAAUCUUGGGUAGUAUUACAGCAUAAGAUGUGAGUUGUAAGCUGGAGAAAGAAUAGUAAACUUCAUUAUAAUGUGAUCUAAGAGUCUGGAAUGUUAUUAGAUCAUGGUGAAACUGGAUUUACAAAUGUUUGGUGUUAACUAUUAAUUAAAAUAGUUCACUAUCAUGAACUACAGCAACCAACAGUAUAAUUUUAUUGGCAUUUGUUCAAAUAAUACGUAAUCUUUACAAUAGAAUUUUAAAAAUUUCCUGUGUAUUACUAAGACCUAGAUCUCCAGAUCUCCACCUUGAAGUACUUGGGAAAUCUCCAUUCUAAGAACAUUGAAACCAACUAUAGUUAUAGUGAUGCAGUUCUCCAGCAUAAUUUUGGAAGGAAAAGUAUCAGACAGAUUUUCAGGCAGGUAUUUUCUGGUACAAGAACUGAACUGGUCCUGUAAACAUAGAGCUUGUGGGAAUAAGAAAAUUCCCAGUGUAUCUUAUCUUGUUGUUUCAGAGGGACGAAUAUAUGGAAACAUAUAUUUUAUAUAGUUAUUCCCCUUUUGAAUAACUAUAUAAAAGUACUCUCCAGAGCAACUGUAGUGAUAUUCAAUUGAUAUAACAGUAGUGUACAGUUUAUUUCUGAGCUAUUUAUCAAAUGGCAACCCGUUUUCAAUUCUGCAAUAUGUUAGAACAGUGGUUCUCAAACUGUGGUCUGUGGACCCCUGGGGGAGCCACCAUGUUGUCACAGGGGGCCCGUGAAGGAUUGAAGAAAUGUUAUGAUUUUUUUGCAGUUAAAUCUGUCUGAACGAACAAGUGAAUGAAUGUCAGCAAACUGGAAAGGGAAAUGGAACAAAAUCUUAAUUUUCCAUGCUUUUUUUUUUUUUUUUUGAAAACUUGGCUUUUUUAACCUAUUACCUGAAUUAAAAACACCCAUAGGUAGAAAUCGGCUAUGGGACUAGUUGGGUGGGAAAGUAAUUUCCACACAUGCUGAGAACUUACAAGUGAACGUCAGAUGGCAGAGAGGAAACACGUGACAUUUCUUGGUACUGGCAAACAGUCAAUGGCUGCAGGACAGAGAAAGAGUCAGUCAUCGUCAGUGUGAGUGAGCAUUCAGGCUAAUUUUAUAAUCAUUGAUUUCUGCUAACCAUUUGGUUGUUGAUAAUUAGGGUAGUUUUUCAAUAUUGCUCAAGUGAAUUUUGUAACAGCUGUCUGUGCGAUCAUAAGAUUUCACUUCAUUUUCUGUCCCUGUGGUCAUUCGAUUUUGAAAAAAAUGUCUUAUUUUAGAAACAAGGAUUGGUGCUAAAGCUUCAGUGGAGACACCUUUUCCCCAUUAUGACUUUUCCAGGAGUGAACUUCCCUCCCAAGGGGUAGAUUUCUCUCACUUCCUAUUGUCUGACCCCUGUUUGUAAUUAUGACUUGUUUGUGAAUCAGAUGUUUGUAAGUCAGGGACUGUCUGUAGUUGUAAUUAUACAAAAAGAGUAUGUUCCCUUUUCUCCCUGUAAAUGAAGUACAACCAGUAAAAUUAUAUUCAUUUCACCUUCUA